UGCAACUAGUCGUACAGCAGCAGAUACAACCAACAGGCAUUGUGCACGAUCGCGAAGAUGAUGACUGAACGGCGGAGCGAUUUUGUGCUUAAAUCGGGCUAUAUGGUGAAACGAUCCCAAAACAAAAAACGCUUCACCCCGGUCAACUACAAGACGCGCUGGUUCGAGCUGACGCGUUUCUAUCUGUCGUACUAUGAUAUUGGAAAUUUGGAGAAACGCCGUGAACGGGGCCGGAUCAGUGUGAAGGGUGUGCGGCUCGUCGAACCAGCGCUACUGCACGGUGAGGGUGGUGAUGCAGCGGCACCGGAUGGAUAUCCUUUUCAAGUAGGAUACUGCGAAAGUGACGGCAUCUAUCCGGGAACGACACUGCCACAGUACACGCUGUAUCUGGUGGCGGACAGUGAAAAGGAACGUACCGAGUGGAUCUCGUCGAUUAGGAAAGUCUGUGAAGAGUAUAGUCCGAAAUCGUUUAGCUACCAUCUGGGACUUUGGCUAGGCAGGAAGUGGUCCUGCUGCAGAAGUUUAAAUCGUCGUGCGCUCGGAUGUCAGGUGGCAACGGUAUGGCCGGAGUACAACAAUAAUCCAAGUACUGGAAGCUCUCCUGCCCAAAAUUCUACCCGAAGUACCAGCCCCAACGUACCGAACGGUCACCUGCCGUUGCCGCAACAGCAGCAAUCGCAGAUACAUCCCCAGCAGCAGCAACAACUGCAACAUCAUUCCGGUACGGUACCGGUGCUCCAGGCAGUACCACAAUCCACCCAACAACACUCCCAACCGCAGCAGCAUUCCCAGUCCCAUUCACCAUCGCUGCAGCAUCCAGCCACCCAGCAGCAAGUGCACCUUCAGCAGCAACAGCAGCAGGCCGCCUUACAGGCGGCCCUCCAGCAACAGCAGCAGCAACCGCCCCAACUGCAACAGCAAACAUCGCAACAGUCAUCCCAUCAUCUUAACAGCAGCUCGAGCAGCUUAGGCAACAUCACGCCCACCUUCGUCGCACAGCCACAGUCUCCGACUGUGAAUUCCUUUAAAACGGCGUCCCUCAACGGUGUUGGUUUGCACGUGAACGGCGGAGGGGAUUUAAAUAUGCCCGGUGGUCCAACAGUAACGCCUGGAACACCGAACACAAAGGCAAAGGAUGUAUCACCACGGGUGAAGAUCGUCGUUGCGCUCUACCCCUUCAAGGCAAUUGAAAGUGGUGACCUUUCCCUCGAAAAGAAUGCCGAAUACGAGGUGAUCGACGACUCACAAGAGCACUGGUGGAAGGUAAAGGAUCAGCAUGGCACGAUCGGGUACAUUCCGAGCAAUUACGUCAAGGAGAAGGAGUUGCUCGGACUGCAAAAGUACGACUGGUACGUGGGCGACAUGUCCCGGCAGCGUGCCGAAUCACUCCUCAAGCAAAACGACAAGGAAGGCUGCUUUGUGGUGCGCAAAUCGUCCACCAAGGGUCUCUACACACUAUCGCUACAUACCAAAGUACCACAAUCGCACGUGAAGCAUUACCAUAUCAAACAGAAUGCUCGCAGUGAGUUUUACCUGUCCGAAAAGCACUGCUGUGAAACGAUUCCGGAUCUGAUAAACUACCAUCGCCAUAACUCCGGUGGGCUUGCCUGUCGCCUUAAGACGUCACCGUGCGAUCGUCCAGUGCCACCGACGGCUGGUUUAUCUCAUGACAAAUGGGAAAUUCAUCCCUCGGAAUUGAUGAUCCUGGAGGAGCUCGGUUCGGGUCAGUUCGGUGUGGUACGGCGUGCAAAGUGGCGCGGAUCCAUCGAUACGGCAGUGAAAAUGAUGAAAGUUGGCACCAUGUCCGAGGAUGAUUUCAUUGAGGAAGCUAAAGUUAUGACAAAACUCCAGCAUCCCAAUCUGGUGCAGUUGUACGGUGUUUGCUCGAAGCAUCGACCCAUUUACAUCAUCACCGAGUACAUGAAGCACGGAUCUCUGCUAAAUUACCUACGAAGGCACGAGCAAUCGUUGAUCGGCAACAUGGGACUUUUGUUGGAUAUGUGUAUACAGGUUUGCAAGGGUAUGUCCUAUCUCGAGCGUCACAACUACAUUCAUCGCGAUUUGGCCGCACGCAACUGUUUGGUCGGUUCGGAAAACACCGUCAAGGUGGCAGACUUUGGGCUGGCGCGGUAUGUGCUGGACGAUCAGUACACCAGUUCCGGUGGUACCAAGUUCCCCAUCAAAUGGGCCCCACCGGAGGUGCUUAACUACACGCGAUUCUCCUCCAAGAGUGAUGUUUGGGCAUACGGUGUACUGAUGUGGGAAGUGUUCACCUGUGGCAAGAUGCCGUACGGUCGCCUAAAAAAUACCGAAGUCGUCGAGCGUGUCCAGCGUGGCAUCAUACUGGAAAAGCCCAAAGCUUGUGCAAAGGAAAUUUAUGAUGUCAUGAAAAAGUGCUGGUCCCAUGGUCCCGAGGAUCGUCCCGGGUUCCGAAUACUGAAGGAUCAGCUUGCUGCCGUCGCCCAGGGACUCACCGACUAA